AUGCCUUCAUUAAAAAGAAAGAGAACACCAGCUUCCCGGCAUCCAAUUACACCUCGUACAUCUGGGCGACGACUGGGCCACAGGGCGCCAGCUAGUCAAGCCUUCAGCAUUUCAAGUGGUCCUCCCCGAACCCCUAUCAUUUCAUCAGCAAGUCAAUUGCACACACCUUUUCCUACAGAUACCAAGAUCGAAAUAGGUGGGUCGGUAAGAGCUACCGAUGAUGACUUCGAUGACCAUGUCAUUGCUGCCAUCGACAUGAAGGAUCAUGGAACUGUGGGGUGCUCAUACUACUCAGCCGAAGAAGAAAAGAUGUAUCUGCUAGGUGACAGUCGGUCGGGGGAUAUAGAGACAAUCGACGCUCUGCUUCUCCAGAUAAAACCUACAGUGGUCUUGACACCUCCGCGGGUUGAUCUUAGUUCCCAGAAUCAAGAUCCGAACCUUGCACAAGAAGAUGUUUCUUCUGCCUACCUUCCUUACCAGAUAGACAUUCGUCCAACUUCGGAGUUCAGCUACUCCAAUGCAGAAAGCAAACUUCUUGCUUUAGGGGUUUCCUCUGCGCACGAACAAGGCCUCCGAUUUUUCGUGCCCCAGAAUGGUCUUGCCGGACCGGAAGAAGUGGACCCAGAAGAGAUGGGCUUCACACUCCAAGAAGGAAGACUGCUGCAUAUCUCAAGUUCCGUUGACAUGGAUAACCCCGUGACUAUUGGUUGCGCGGGAGCCAUACUCACUUACCUGCAGCGACGAAGAGCCGCGGCACCCAGCCCCCUCGAAGAAGGGAAUGAGUAUCGGGUUCGAGCACUGCAGAUGUUCAAUCUACGGGAUACGAUGUGGAUCAACAGCAAUACUUUCACCUCUCUCCAGAUUAUCCAGUCGGAGUCACACCCGAAUAUGUUCAACCAGGGACCUGGGAAAAAGUCUGCUUCAGGCAAAGAGGGUCUUUCGGUCUAUGGGCUCUUCCAACACUUUGCAUACACGCCUCAGGGUAGGGCAAGACUCAAGCAGACAUUUUUCCGUCCAAGCGUGAAUCUAGAUGCGAUUCGUGAACGACACGAUUUCAUAGGACUAUUCUCCCGCCCUGACAAUCUUGCUUCGUUGGAGAAGAUGACCAAAGCAUUGAAACACAUUAAAAACAUCAGACCUAUCAUGCUCAAUCUUCGCAAGGGAAUUAGUACUGGCAGUGCUAAGGUUACUGGGUUCAAAAGUACGGUUUGGGCUACUCUUCUUGCUUUUGCGUUCUACGCUAUCGACAUCAAUGAUGCACUGCGGGAGACCUCGGGCGCGCACAUCCUGACUGUCCGAAGCAAGGCUCUCAGGGUCUUUGAAGCAGCCCAGCUGUACAGAGUUGGUCGUAUGAUUCAAGAAAUUGUCGACAUUGAUAACUCCGAAGAACAAGGAAGAACGGUGGUGAAGCAAGGAAUUGAUAGAGAGCUUGACAGAAUUAAAGACAGAUACGAUGGUCUCAACAGCCUUCUCAAGCACGUUGCUCUCGACAUUGCCGCAACGAUUCCGGCGACUCUCGACGUCGACGUCAAUGUCAUUUACUUUCCUCAGCUUGGGUUCCAUGUUGCCAUUCCACUCAAUGAGCAUGGUGCUGCGGCGUAUACUAGUGCUGAUGAUGAAUGGGAAUUAAUGUUCAUCACGGAAAAUCGGGCGUAUUUCAAAGACUUCCGCAUGAGAGAGAUGGAUCAGAAGUUGGGAGAUAUAUACGGUAUUAUCUGUGAGAAGGAAAUCGAGAUUGUAUACGACUUAGCGCAGAGGGUUCUUCGAUAUGAGAAUGUGCUCGUCGAUGCCUCUGAUAUUUGUGGAGAGAUUGAUAGCCUUCUUGCUCUCACACAGGGAGCCAGCUUCUAUAAUCUGACCAGACCACGAAUCGUUGAACAAAAUGUACUCAGAAUCAAGGGUGGCCGGCACAUUCUUCAAGAAUUGACCGUUCCGUCCUAUGUGCCAAAUGACACAUUGCUGAUGGGCGGAAAUGAGUCCGAGACCAAUGAAGCUGUUUCAUCCAUGGAUUCCAAUCCCAGCAUGUUGCUCUUGACUGGACCGAAUUACUCAGGAAAAAGUAUCUAUAUGAAGCAGGUCGCUCUGAUUGUCUACCUAGCCCAGAUUGGGAGCUUUGUCCCUGCAGACAGCGCGGAAUUGGGGAUUACAGACAAAAUCUUGACUAAGAUCAAUACUCAAGAGAGUGUCUCCAAGGCCGAAAGCACAUUUAUGAACGAUUUGCAGCAAAUCUCCCUCUGCCUGAAACAAGUUACGAACCGAAGCUUGCUCGUCAUCGAUGAGUUCGGGACGGGAACUACCGAAAGCAAUGGCAUCGGCCUUGCCUGUGGCAUACUCGAUUAUCUAAUGUGCCUCGAGAGGCCCCCUAAAGUCAUUGCAGCAACUCAUUUUCAUGAGAUUUUCGAGAACAACCUCCUCGCUUUGCGGCCUCGACUCUAUCUUGGCUAUAUGGAAGUUCAAGUUUGCGAAGAAACCCAGGCAGCCGAGGACCAGAUUACAUAUCUGUAUAAUUUUCGUCCGGGGCGAAGUAGCCAGAGCUUUGGUACCAUGUGCGCGGCAAUGAACGGUAUCGACCCAUCUGUUAUAUCUCGCGCAAAUGAGUUUACGUCUCUUUCCGCACGAGGGGAGAACGUUAUUGUGGCCUGUUCGGUUCUAUCUUCAGAGGAGAUGCAAGACCUAGAAGAAGCGAACUCCCUAGUGAGACAUUUUCUAGAGAUUGAUUUCUCACAAGGUGACUCAGACCAUGUCAAGGCCGUCUUCGAAGGCCUGUUCGAGUGA